UGCGACAGAGCCGUAAAGGCGCGCGGCAGCAUAGGCAUGGCGCUGUACAUGGCCGCGGCAUCCGUGCUGGCGGGCGUGGAGAGCCGCCAGGGUUCCCUCAAGGGGCUGGUGUACUCCAGCAGCUUCCAGAACGUGAAGCCACUGUACGCGCUGGUGUGCGAGACGCAGCGCUACGCCGCCGUGCUGGACGCCGUGAUCGCCAGCGCCGGCCUCCUCCGCGCCGAGAAGAAGCUGCGGCCGCACCUGGCCCGGGUGCUAGUUUAUGAGCUGUUGCUGGGAAAGGGUUUCCGAGGGGGCGGGGGCCGGUGGAAGGCUCUGCUGGGCCGGCACCAGGCAAGGCUCAAGGCCGAGUUGGCCCGGCUCAAGGUUCAGCGGGGUGUGAGCCGGAAUGAGGACCUGUUGGAAGAGGGAUCGAGGCCUGGUGCAGCCUCCCAGGUGCCUCGGUAUGUGCGUGUGAACACCCUCAAGACCUGUCUUGAAGAUGCAAUUGACUAUUUCAAGAGACAAGGCUUCUCCUACCAGGGCCGGGCUUCCAGCCUGGCGGACUUGCAGGCCCUCAAGGGGAAGCACUUCCUUCUGGACCCCCUGCUGCCCGACCUGCUGGUGUUUCCUGCCCAGACAGAUCUGCACGAACACCCCUUGUACCACGCCGGCCACCUCGUCCUGCAGGACAAGGCCAGCUGCCUGCCAGCCAUGCUGCUGGCUCCCCCGCCCGGUUCCCAGGUCAUCGACGCCUGUGCCGCCCCCGGCAACAAGACGAGUCACUUGGCAGCUCUUCUGAAGAACCAGGGGAAGAUCUUUGCCUUUGACCUGGACGCCAAGCGCCUGGCGUCCAUGGCUACGCUGCUAGCCCGGGCUGGAGUCUCCUGCUGCAUGUUGGCCGAGCACGACUUCCUGGCGGUCUCUCCGGCAGACCAGCGUUAUGCUCGGGUCCAGUACAUCUUGCUGGAUCCUUCCUGUAGUGGCUCUGGUAUGCCGAGCCGGCAGCUGGAGGAGCCCGAGGCAGGUCGGCCUAGCGAGGAGCGCCUGCGCGCCCUAGCGGGGUUCCAGCUGCGGGCUCUGUGCCAUGCGCUCACCUUCCCCUCCCUACAGCGCCUCGUCUACUCCACGUGUUCCCUCUGCCAGGAGGAGAAUGAAGAUGUGGUGAGAGAUGCCUUGCAGCAGAGUUCAGGGGCCUUCAGGCUAGCUCCUGUCCUCCCCUCCUGGCCCCACCGAGGCCUAAGCACAUUUCCAGGGGCUGAACACUGCCUCCGGGCCUCCCCCGAUACUACGCUUACUGGUGGCUUCUUCAUUGCUGUAAUUGAACGGGCAGAGGUGCCAAGCUCAGCCCCACAGGACAAAAUUCCAGCACCAGAUUGUGUUCCCAGCCUGGCCCCGAAGAGAAAGAGGCGACGAAAAGCAGCAGCAAGUCUGCCACCGUGCACCUAGCGGGUGACACCUUUCUCCCUGGGGCCAGCC